AUGAUUCUUUUCCCUUUUAUUCUUUUCCCUUUUUAUCGAGGCAUCUUCAACUGCGAAACCCUUGUCGAUUUGAAACUUAAGUCGUGCGGUGUCAUCCCAAUAAGCGGCCCCGUGUUUUUGCCCCGCCUUAAGAAGCUUUAUCUAAUCGAUCCGAGAUGCGAGGCUAACGAGUCACUCCCGAACCUGAUUUCCGGCUGUCCGGUGCUCGAAGAGUUCACAAUCGUAUAUGUCCCCGAUGUGCUUGCUCGCAAUGUGUUUUCACCCACAGUGAAAAGGCUCUCCCUCAAUCUCGUGUCCGACUGUCGUAUAUCUAACACGCUGGACAUAAAUGCCCCUGCACUUGAAUAUCUCGAAAUAAACAGUAGCUCCCCCGGGCAAAUGAAAUCCGGGCUGCUAAACUCGUUAACUGAAGCAGAUAUCUGGCUUAACAAUUAUAAUCGUACUAAAGAAGAUUUGUUUCUUUACUAUCGAUCUCUUCUGGAAUUCAUCGGUAGACUUUGCAAUAUUGUUGACUCGGUAUUCUCUACUUGGAGUUGGACGACAAGUUUUCAUAACUUAACCAAACUGGAACUGAGCGCUGAUUAUCGUUUCCUAGUUAUCAAAGUUCCUCGAGCUAGCUGA